ACUUGUUUCUUUAUAAAUAAUCAUCAUUAAUCACCAAGUCGUCUAAUUAGAAUAAGAUAAAAAUGGCAACCAGCACACUCUUCAUUAUUUCCCUGCUGCACACUUGGAUGAACUGCAUCAGCACAAGCCACAUAAUGAAGCCCUCAACACUGCCAAAAUUCACUGCAAUUUUCAUCUUUGGUGAUUCAACAGUGGAUACCGGCAACAACAACUACAUCAACACAUAUCUUAAGGGCAAUUAUCCCCCAUAUGGCCUAGAUUUCUCCGGUCACAUUCCUACAGGUUGGUUUUCAAAUGGAAAAUUUGUUCCUGACUAUUUGGCUUCCUCUCUGGGGAUCAAAGACACAAUCCCUCCUUUCCUGAAUCCAAAUCUAUCAGAUAAUUAUCAUCGUACAGGUGUUAACUUUGCAUCUGCUGGAUCAGUAUAUGACGAUUUAACUAGUAAACUAUCUAGUUCUAUCCCCUUGUCUGAGCAAAUUGAGCUAUUUAGGAGUUACCUAGAGAAGCUUGAGGUAACUGUGGGUGAAGAAAAGGCUAAGACGAUAAUUGGCGGGGCUGUGGUGGUGAAUAUUGCAGGAACUAAUGACUUUAUUUUCAAUUUCUAUGAUAUACCUACACGGAGAUUGCAGUUCAACAUUAGCGAGUACCAAACCUUUUUGCAGCAAAGUCUAGAAAAAAUUGUCAUGGAACUGUAUGAUCUUGGAUUCCGAAACAUGGUGAUAGGUGGCCUUCGUCCAAUUGGUUGCCUUCCAUUUCACAUGAUCAAGCUUUGAAAUCCCAUGAAUCGAGGAUGCCUGGAAGAUCAAAAUUCGGAUGCACAAGAUUA